AAUAUAAGAGUAAACUCAAGAUAGUGCUAAAUAAAAAUGAAGUUAAAGUGGAGCCACUCCCAAUGGAAACUACUCCAGCAACACCAUCUAUUGAAACUAAGAAUACUGUUAACAAUAUAGAAUUAGAAUUACAGGACAACCCUUGUAAGAGAAAUAUAGCAAAACAAGAA